AUGGCGGCUGCUCCGGGCACGCAGCUUCAGAGGGAGUCAGCCAACGGAGGGUUGAACGCAGCCGUGGGCAAAGGGGAUGGGGGACCCACAGGUUGGCAGUUUGGGGACGCCUCUGGGGGAGUUCCUGGCAAGAAACUCUUGAGGAAGGCAGGCGCUGUGGGAUCGUGGAGGAGAUCCCCGGGGGACACGACGAGGGGUGCCCGGCGGCAGGCUGGGCUGCGUGCCGGUGCCGUGUCCUCACUCUCUCCUCCCCUCUCCCUGCCAGGUCUGCAUGUCUUGGCCAUCGCCUUCACCUUGGAGGUGUCGGUGGGGAAGACCAACACUGUGAUGGCUCUGAAUAACUCCAAUGUCCUGCUGCCCUGCACCUUCACCACCUGCAUAGGCUUUCAGGACCUGGUCUUCACGUGGUAUUUCAACUCGACAGAGAUGAUUUACCACGGCAAGAUAAAGAGCAAAGCCUCGGAGCCCAUCCUCGUGGCACGUAACCCGCGGGUCGAGUUCGUCGGUUCGACAACCGGGAAGGACAACAACAUCUCCAUCGUCCUGAAGGAUGUGGAGUUCAGCGAUGCUGGGAAAUACACCUGCCAUGUCAAGAACCCCAAGGAGAAGGACGCACAGCACAACGCCACCAUCUUCCUCACCGUGGUCCAGAAGAUGGUGGAGACAGACAACACUGUGACGCUCAUCAUUGUGGGCGUUGUGGGGGGGCUCAUCGGUCUGCUCGUCCUCUUCAUGCUCGUCAAGAGGGUUGUCCUGUUCAUCAUCAAGAAGACCCAGGAUGGGAAGUGA